GCGAGGUGGCGCAGUCGUCCCCACAACCCAAACCCACGCGAGACGGGAGACGAGCAGCUCCACCGCCACAAUUCGUGCCUCCCCCUCCCAUCUCCGCCGCCCCCACGCCCGCACGGCUCCCGAGGCGGCGAAUCCGGCAUCCUCCUCCUUCGCGCCCGCCGCCGAUCGCCGAUUGCAUGUGGAGAUUGAAAGAGCUCUGAGGGCUGGGACGCCAACCUGAGUUUUAUGGGGAGAGGAUGCCAGAGCUGCGAAGCAGUACUCGUCAAGCACGCCUGAGGUCUAAGAAGCUCAACGACCUACAGCCAGAAGAGCCAGCUGUGAAACUGGUGUUGCCUGCUCCGCAGAGAGCAGGAAAGCGUGCUCCUACUCGUGCUGUCAGGGGCAGAAAGGCUGCUGCUGGGAGAAGAGUGCCACCGGUUCCAAAGCCUAAACAAAAGGGGGUCGAAGUUGUUGACUUAGAAGCUGAUCCAGCUUGUGAAGACCCCCCUAAAGCUGUAGCUGGACAGGCAGUUGUUGGUGCUGCGAAGAACCUUGCUUUGAACAAGGCAGCAGAAGCUGGUGUGAAUAAAGGUCCGAGAAUGGAUGGUGAAAGUGCUGAGAAGUUUGUUGGGGCUGAAGAUGAAUCAACAACCACGCCUGUCCCUGAGAGGGUUCAAGUAGGUAAUUCUCCAGAAUACAUAACUGACAGAAAAUUAGGUAAAGGUGGUUUUGGUCAGGUCUAUGUUGGUCGAAGGGUUUCUGGUGGAAAUGCUCGCACUGGUCCUGAUGCCUAUGAGGUAGCAUUGAAAUUUGAGCAUCGGAACAGUAAAGGAUGCAAUUAUGGCCCCCCAUACGAGUGGCAAGUUUAUCACACUCUCAAUGGUUGCUAUGGCAUACCAUCGGUCCACUACAAGGGUCGCCAGGGUGACUACUAUAUUCUUGUAAUGGAUAUGCUUGGUCCUAGCCUUUGGGAUGUGUGGAAUUCACUGGGGCAGUCGAUGUCUGCACAUAUGGCUGCUUGCAUUGCUGUAGAGGCCAUAUCAAUUCUUGAGAAGCUCCAUUCUAAAGGGUUUGUGCAUGGUGAUGUGAAACCAGAGAAUUUUCUGCUUGGUCAACCUGGAUCACCAGACGAUAAGAAGCUUUUCCUUAUAGAUCUUGGUUUAGCGUCGAAGUGGAGGGAAUCAGCUGGUCAACAUGUUGAUUAUGAUCAACGGCCUGAUAUCUUUAGGGGAACAAUUAGAUAUGCCAGUGUCCAUGCCCAUUUAGGGCGUACAGGUAGUAGGAGGGAUGAUUUGGAAUCACUGGCAUAUACCCUUAUUUUUCUACUAAGAGGAAGAUUGCCUUGGCAAGGCUACCAGGGAGAUACUAAGAGUUUCCUUGUUUGCAAGAAGAAAAUGGUUACUUCUCCAGAGAUGCUCUGUUGUUUCUGUCCAGCUCCAUUCAAACAGUUUCUUGAGAUUGUCACAAAUAUGAAAUUUGAUGAAGAGCCAAAUUACGCCAAACUUAUUUCUCUUUUUGAUGGUUUGAUUGAAGCACCUGCCUCAAGACCCAUCAGAAUUGACGGGGCUCUUAAGGUUGGGCAGAAACGUGGAAGAUUGCUUGUAAAUCUGGAAGAAGAUGAGCAACCUAAAAAGAAAGUUAGAUUAGGGAGCCCGGCAGCUCAAUGGAUUUCAGUUUACAAUGCCAGGAGGCCCAUGAAGCAGAGGUACCAUUACAAUGUGGCUGACUCAAGGCUUAGUCAGCAUAUAGAUAAGGGUAAUGAGGAUGGGCUGUACAUUAGUUGUGUGGCUUCCUCAGCAAAUCUUUGGGCUCUCAUUAUGGACGCAGGAACUGGUUUCUGUUCUCAAGUUUAUGAGCUCUCACCAGUUUUUCUGCACAAGGACUGGAUAAUGGAUCAGUGGGAGAAAAGUUAUUACAUUACAGCAAUUGCUGGAUCAACCAAUGGAAGUUCAUUGGUUGUAAUGUCCAAAGGAACUCCUUAUACUCAACAAUCAUACAAGGUUAGCGAAUCAUUCCCUUACAAGUGGAUCAAUAAAAAGUGGAAAGAAGGUUUUCAUGUGACAUCCAUGGCCACUGCUGGAAAUCGCUGGGGAGUUGUCAUGUCAAGGAACUCAGGCUAUUCUACUCAGGUUGUAGAGUUGGAUUUCCUGUAUCCAAGUGAAGGCAUCCAUCGUCGAUGGGAGACCGGUUACAGGAUUACUUCCACAGCGGCCACCAAUGAUCAAGCUGCUUUUAUCUUGAGCAUACCGAAACGGAAACCAAUGGACGAGACGCAAGAAACCCUUAGGACCUCUGCUUUUCCCAGCAACCAUGUCAAGGAGAAAUGGGCGAAGAAUCUAUACAUAGCCUCCAUUUGCUACGGGCGAACUGUCUGCUGACCGUGCAUAUGAAGUUGAAGCAAGGGCCAUUUCAGGAUUGUGCUAUGAGCGUUGAGGGAUGUGAGAUGGAAGAGAAAUCAAUACCCAUGAUAGGAUUAGCAGAUGCUACGGUAUGGUAUCCUAACGUAAUUGUAAAGAAUUGUUGCACCCAAUGCCGGCCGUGAGACCUUUCUCGCAUGAAGCGAAUGCAUUUCCGCAUCAAAUUCGCGUCUUUCGCCGGGAAUCUUAAAUUCUACCUGGAUAAUCAGUUGAGAUUGUGCGCAUGUUGUUGAUG